CCUCGUCUGGCUCCACUAGUUCUCCCUGCCAAGUGCCAACCUAGCUCUUCAACUCUGCAAUUUGCCCACAAUCGGUCCUUCCUCAUCGGCCAGACGUGAAAUUCCUGUCUGCUUCCUGAAAACUAGCGCACGCAGCGCCGCCGCAGCAACUAGCGUCGCACUUAGAAGGAACAACUGGUGAUAUCGACGCAAAAGGAAGGGACCAGCCGGCUAGGAUGUGGGGUGCAGACAGAAUCAGUGGGUUGCCAAGCAGUGUUUUGGAUCACAUUCUGACGUUUUUGCCUCUGCGAGAAGCAGUGAGGACGAGUGUUUUGUCAAGGGAAUGGAGGAACAGAUGGGUAAAUAUGCCUGCCCUUGUCAUCGAUGACAAGUUUGGUAAGGUAGUGAAACCAGUCGCAGCUGCAGGUUCACCUGAUAUAGCAGCUGCUGCUAACUACAAACUUAUGUUGGAUAUUCUCAACGUUCUCAUGCACCACCGAGGUCGCCUAAAGGAGUUUUCUUUUUUGAUUCCUGAACUAAGAAGCUCGUUUCCCGACCAUCGGAUUGACCAGAUCAUCGACUUUUUAAACAUCAAACACAUUGAGUCGCUGGCUAUUGAGAUCACAGACUAUGUGCUGCCAAGGCGAAUUUACUCCUUCACUCGACUCAAGAAGUUGAAGUUGUGUGGCUGCAAGUUCACAUCCUCCAACGUCGAAUUUGACAGUGCUUCGUUUGCUGAGCUCGACGUUCUCGAGCUUAUAGGUUUAGCGGUACCACAAGUUGAUGAAGCUUGUUUCAGCUUCAACUGCCUGUUGCUUUCUGCAUUAACCAUGGAAGGUUGCGGCCAUCAUACCAGCAAGAUUAGCAUUGUCAUCGAGGCUCCUAAACUAGAAUAUUUCCGUCUUGUGGGGAGCUUCAGCUUCCUGGAGUUCAAGCAUACUCCAUUCCUCAAAACCGUAGAUGUCCAUCGAGAUUCCAGCAUCAAUAUUGUGGCCAAAGGCUACUCAAACUUUUUGAACUUUGCAGUCGGUCUUCCAGCAGUGGAGCGGCUUUCUGUCUCUGGUUCUUUCUACGACUACUUGACUAUCGGAGCUGAACAUGCGAUUAAGUCUUGCAGCCGGUGGUGUACGCUUAACCUGAAGCAUCUAAGAUUGGAUGAUUUGUGCCUCGGCUCAACUCUUACUGCCUAUCUGUGGUCUGGUUUUGGCUUGAUGAACUCCUCCGCUGGCUUGACUGAAUUAAUCAUCAACAUUGGGAAGCCACACAAAUCUGGUAACGUAGAACAGGGUUUGAAGUAUAUAAACAAUUACAAUAGUAGGAAGCUAAGGCCGAAACUGAAGCUAGUGAAGGUGAAUCAAUUUGACGGUACAAGGCUGGAAAUGGCUUUGGAUGUUGCAGGGAUCGCUGGUGUGCUUGACAAAGCUUCAGGUUGUACUUCACAUGAACUAGCAUCUGUUGCCGACUGCAAACUUAUAUUGGACGUUUUCGAGGUUCUCACGCGCCACUGUGGUCAACUACAGGAGUUCUCCCUCUCGAUUCCUGAACUUAGUAGCUCGUUUCCCGACAAUCGGAUUGACACAAUCAUGGAGUUUCUAAACAACCAACACAUUGAGUCGAUGUCCCUUGACAUCAAGCACUAUGUGCUGCCGAGUGCUGCGUUUGCUGAGCUCAACGUUCUCGAGCUUAGAGAUUUUGCAGUACAGCAAGCUGGUGAAGCUUGUUUCAGCUUCAACUGCCUGUUGCUUUCUGCAUUGACCAUGGAAGAUUGCGGCUCUUCCGCCAACAAGAUCAGCAUUGUCAUUGAGGCUCCUAAACUCGAAUAUUUUCAUCUAGACGGGAGCUAUAGCUUGCUGGAGCUGAAGCAUACUUCACUACUCAAAACUGUAGAUGUUCAUCAAGCUGUUAGCAUCAUUGAGGACAGGAUACUCAAACUUUUUGAAAUUUACAGCCUGUCUUCCAGCAGUGGAGCAGCUUUCUCUUUCUGGUUAUUUCUACAACUUAAGUUUUGCGAGCUGCGGAACCUUAAGCAUCUUAACCUUAAGCAUCCAGGGAGGAAUGCUACGCUUAGUGCCUAUGUGUGGUCUGCUAAUGGGUUGAUGAGCAUUUCCCCUGGCUUGCCUGAACUAACCAUCAACAUUGGGAAGCCACACAAAUCUGGUGAAGUAGGGCUGGGUGUAAUGGUGAUAGAUCGGAGGAGGAGGAUCAGGCCGGAACUUAAGCGAGUGAAGGUGAAUCAAUUUGAUGGUACAAGGUUGGAAAUGGCUUUCGUCCGAUCGAUAUUGGCGGGGCCAUCAGCAGCACUUGAUAAGAUGGAAAUCGAGUUCUCAGCUGGCCAUGGAAUUGAAGAUCGAUGGUCGAUUUCUCACAAGUUGUUGGAAUUUACACUGGCCUCGCCCACUGCCCGAAUCACGAUCAAGUAACUUGUAGCUAUAGCCAGUAAGCAGCCAAGCUUUCUACAUUAAGAUGGUUGGGUUUUCGAACAUGAUGGUCGAGAGGCGCUUUUGUCUAACCAAGCCAACCACACAAUUCCCAGGUUGGCAAUCAUUGAAAUUGACCCCAAAAUCAUGUGACGAGCACCAUUGACUUCUUGUUUCAUUCAUCAUCAGAAACUGACUUAUUUAGAAUCCAUAUUGUUGUGUAUAAUCACAAUGAGAGGCCAGAGACAUAACAGACGACAG